AUGGACCCGGAAGCCAGUUCUCUUAAGUGCUACUCAUGUGUAGACAAUAAUGACUGCAAGCCUGUUACAUGCCCUGGAGACAACGACAAGUGUAGCACAACUUCCCUGGACAUACAGUCUUUUCCCUGUAAAGUCCGGAGUAUUAUUAAAGGUUGUGUUAAUUCAAAUGGAUAUUCCAAGAAUCUUUCAAUUUCCCCAAGUGAGGCAACAAGGUUAUCAAUGCGGGAGGAGAUUUGUGAAACUGAUCUUUGUAAUGAGAAACGGAUUUCAGCUAAAGACACAAGUUUGAGUGAUCUCUACUGUCACACAUGUAUAUCCCCUGGCUCAAGCUGCAACAGUGGAAACAUGAAGACAAUGAGAUGCAGUGGACAACAGAAGCAAUGUUUGGACCUCAAAGUGAUAGGGUCUUUUGAACCUAAAGAAGAUGAUAAGUCACCCAAUGGAGUAACAUGCUACAGCUGCAACACAUUUGAAGGCAUGGGAUGUGCACCCACAGAGGUCACCAAGGCUCAAUGCUAUGGACCCUUGACAUCAUGCUUAGAAGUUGCAGGCUUGUCAAUGAAAGAUGGAGAUCCUACACCUGCUGUGAUUAAGGGUUGUGCUACACCGGCCAUGUGCGACAGCUCAAUCCUUCCUCUGACGCUGAAGUUGAGCAGUGCAACUGUUCAGUGCUGCAAUGGGACCUUGUGCAACAACAAAUUAACACAGGACAAUCUGCAUACCUUUGGCUAUUUUCCCACUGGAAAUGCUUUGUCUGGAACAGGUUACAACAAUGGAUCUGGAAGCGCUGACUCCACAUACAACACUGCAGGUCAUGAAGGUAAUUCUAGUGCUGGCAUCACUGAAGAAAGCCAUAAUGGCUCUGCUCCCGCCAAUGCCUAUGGCUCACAUUCAAUGUCACCAGGAGAGUACAACAAUAACCCAAGAAAUAAUGAAACUUCAACAUCCCACAACAGUGCCGACAAUGGUACUGACAUGCCACACAGCAAUAUUUCUAAUAAUAAUGUGAUGAUCCCUGUGGGGACUAAUGGAUCUACCCUUAUCAAUGGAUAUAACUCAAGCCCUGGGGGGAAUAAUAAUGGGUCUGUCUAUCAUAGUAGCUAUAGCUCCAAUUCUAUGAUCACAAAUAAUGGAUCUACUCAAGGCAAUGACAGCGAUGUUGGCAAUACGUCAAUCAACAGCAUUGGCUACCACCCAAAUCAUAGGCCAUUGUGGGAAAAUAACAAUGGGUCUGCAAUUAAUGAAAGCUAUAUGACAAAUCAUGUAUCACCAGGGGGAUCUAGCCACGGCAAUGGAAGCAAUGCUUACAAUGCAUGGCUCUAUAGCCUUAAUAAUAAUCCAGGUGUGAGGCCCUUCGAGAAUAACAAUAAUGGUUCUAUCGAAAACAUCUAUAACCAAAACACUGUAUACAAUGGAAGUUACCAUGGCAAUGAUAGCAAGCCUGGCAGUGCCUGGACCAACACCAGUGGUCACCAUUCAAACACCAUGUUCCCCGUUGCAUAUAAUAAUAAUAAUGUGUCUACUCACAACAACAAUAGUGUAAAUCCCAUAUCUUCAUACGUAAAUAAUAAUGGAUCUGCCUACGACAAUCUCAACAAUCUGGGCAGUUCAUGGAAUAGCAAUAAUGGUUACAAUAUGAAUGCAGUGCCCUCGGGUGGUAAUAACAAUGGGUCUUCCAAUAGCAGCGUUAACAGUCAAGGCAGUGGAGAACAUCACAUCAAUCAAUAUGACCAAAAUAUGAUGGUUCCAGAGGGAAACCAUAAUGGCUCUGCUCCUAGUAACGGCUAUGGCUCACAUACAGUGUCCACAGAAGAUGUAUAUAACCAUGGGAAUGGCAGCAAUCUUGGCAGUGCCUGGACCAACACCAAUGGCUAUAACUCAAAUAUGAUGCAUCCUGGGGUAAAUAACGGGUCCACUCACAGCAACUACAGUCCAAAUCCGAUACCUUCAUCUGAGAAUAAUAAUGGAUCCACCUAUGGCAAUGCCAGCAACCUGGGCAGUUCAUGGAAUAACAACAAUGGUUACAACAUGAAUUCUAUGCCCUCGGAUGGAAAUAACAAUGGGUCUUCCAGGGGCAACAGCAGCAGCCCUGGCAGUGACGGUGUUGACAUCAGUAGCUAUAAUCCACAGGAUAAUGGAAUUGACUACACUAAUGACAACAAUCUUGGCUUUGGCACUGGAGAUAGCAAUGUCUAUAAUCCCGAUCUAAUGCCUCCGGAAAAAUAUCAUAAUGGAGAUUUCUUUGAAGUAAUGAAUAAUGUUGGCAAUGGCAGUGCAGGUGGCACCAGCAGUGGUUAUAAUUCAGGUGCUAUGGUUCCUGGAGGGAGCAGCGAUGGAUCAUCUUACGGUAAUGACAACAAUCUGACCAGUGCCCAUGGCGGUAGCAACAGCUAUAAUACAAAUCCGGGAGAAAGUACACAUAAUUCAUACGGUGGCAUUGGCAACAGCACCGGCAGAGGAAAUGGUACCAUGUCCAACCAUGCCUCCUCUCAUAGCAGAGAAACUCUGAGCUUUGUAAUCCUCUGCACCAUUGCACUGCUAUUACUGAACUGAACACUGAGUACUCACUGCGUCCAGGAUGAGAUUUAGGUAGUACUUAUGUUUUUUUAAAUUAUUAUGUCUCAUGUAUGAAAACUGUAUGUCUGUUCAACUUGGGUGUAUAUCGUGUUGAAA